AUGGAAGAGGCUAGACAUGGGGAAGGGGAGCUCCGUCGCGGUGCACAACCAGGAGUAACUGAUCAGAGGCGUCUAUCGGGAGAAGCAGAAGAAAGAGCCGCGGCUGAGACUGCCGAGCAAGAACGCAUUCGGCGAGAACAAGAUGAGAGAGUAGUAGCCGAACAGGAACGUCUCCGUAGGGAGGCGCAAGAGAAAGCAGCCGCCGAAGCAGCUCAAAGACAAGAGGCGAUCGUUGCUGAGCAGCCCCGUUUACAACGAGAAGCAGAAGAACAAGCCGCAGAGCAGGAGCGCGACCGGAGAGAAACAGAGGAGAGAGCCCAGAAGGAAGCAGAAGAGAAAGCUGCUGCCAAAGAAGCUGAGGCAGCACGUCUACGCAGAGAAGCAGAACAGGCCGCAGAGCCGUUUCGAUUAGAGAGAGAAGCGGAAGAACGUGCAGCCGAGGAAGAGCGUCUCGAGCAAGGAAAGGAAAGACUAGCAGUCGCAGCCGAACAAGAACGUCUUCGCAGAGAAGCCGAAGAAAGCGCCGAUGUCGAAAUGGUUGAACAAGAGCGGCUGCGUCAAGAAACGAGUUCUGCUGAGGAGGAGCGUAUUGCGCAGGAGAGAGCCAACGCUCUGGCGCAUUUAGAACAGGGUGACGAGGAUGUCUCAGCACCGCCCGAUGCAGGUCCAUUUGAAAGAUCUAGCUCAACCACGCAAGUUGACUUACCCAUCGACUUGCCCAAUUUGAUCACCCAAUUACGGGAAGGAUCCGACUCGCCGGGUCAGGACCACUCUCCCAUUGUCGAGCCACAUGGCCUCGCAACGCAAAGUUUCCCCGAAACUGCCAUUGAAUCGCACACCGUAGAAGCCCCAACCGGCGACGUAUCACCACCACGGAUGGUCACAGCCGCAUUAGAACCGAUUACCGAAGAAGCAGAGGUUUCGAGUCUCAUUCCAUCCGUCAUCAUCGAAGGCGAUCGCCAGAGACAGUUAAGAGAGCGCAUCGCCGAACGCAGGCGGGCAGAUAAAGAGAAGGUUGCCAAUUCGGAACGAGCGUCACUGGAGAUUGAUGACAACUUCGCUCAGACCCGCGGUGCGGAGAGUGAGGAUCUCUAUACCAAUGAACCGGACGAAGAGGUGAUCAUACCACCCGAACUGCUUACAGAAUCUACUCUUCCCCCCGAAGGAGCUUCAGAGAUACUACGACAAGAUCGUAUCCAGGAAGCCGAUACUGCUGCCAGCGCACCAACGACUGAACCGUUACCGCAAGUUACCGUGACACGAACCAAGUCCAAGUCCAAGCCCAAGCCCAAGGGCAUUCAGAAAGUCAGGAAAUCCGCACAAGCUACCAGAAAGCCAGCUGCAUCACGUGCAUCGUUUGACCCGUCAUCACGGCCGUUGACUCAAAUGGAAUUCUAUAAAAUCAUGGCCGACUUACCUGCGUGGCCGGGCAACGAUCAGAGCGCGCAUGACGACGUACCGCCACCUCCUGGCGACCUCGAGGCUGAUACCAUCAUCUUCCGAGUGUGGAGGGGUGGUAAGUGGAUCGAAAUCCAGCGUGUGGCCAUCGACCCAGACGACCCGUUUCACAUCGAGCGCGUGGCCAACCGGUACGAACAGGUUGAGUGUGUGUACGGGAAUCCCCAGGUGUUGAGUAUCAACACCGGAAUAUUAGCUAUUCCGGUUCCCUGGGGAUUUCUCCUCUACCUGCAUGUAAUUAUCCUUCUCCUCCCUUUUUGGGGAUCAGUCAUAAUAUUCGAAUAA